CCAUUAACAUUUUAGCAAAGUCUGGCUUGUUGGUGUCAACCGGUCGUGUUUGUCUUCGGGCGUUGUACUCUCUCUUUAGACGCUUUUCACAUCUCGCUUCGAUGCGUUGACCCCGGCGGACGAGAUCUGCAAAGCAAAAAGCCUCAGGAUGCCUCGGGAGCGCAAGGGGGCGAACAAAUUCAAGGACGCCGACCUCGACGGCUCGGGCGGCGUCGGAGGUGGACCGGGCGACAUGAAGCUGCAGCCCGAGAGCCCGUCCACCAAGAAGCGUCGCACGCCGGCGGCUCAGGCGAGCCCGUCGAUACCGGACUUGGUGCCGCCGCCCCCGAUGACGGGCUACGGCGAGACCAUCGUCGCCUCGAACCCCUUCGACGACUCCGUCACGUCGCAGCAACAAAGCCACCUGCACCGGCGGCCACCACCGCAGCACGCCAUGCUGCACCAGCCUCCGAACGUCUCGCAACCCCAGAUGCAGCCUUCGGGUGGGCCCGUAAUGCCACCGUCGGCAGCAAUGCACCCGAAGCCGAUGCCCAUGUCCUCGGGUAAGGUCUACCCUCCCGAUCAGCCGAUGGUGUUCAACCCGCAGAACCCGAACGCGCCGCCCAUAUAUCCCUGCGGUGUGUGCCACAAGGAGGUGCACGAAAACGAGCAGGGGAUCCUGUGCGAAAGCGGGUGCAACUUUUGGUUCCACCGCAUCUGCACGGGUCUCUCGGACGCUGCGUUCUACCUGCUAACGCAGGAGAUCUACGCCGAGUGGGUGUGCGACCGCUGCCUUUCGUCCAAGAGCAUACCACUCGUCAAGUUCAAGCCGUGAGGUGAUGCGCGUGUGCUGUUGUUGCCCGUUGUGCGAGAUAAAAGCCAGUUGCUCGCCGGACUCACAGAGCGAAGACUUGAUUUUACUACCAUAUCGGGUAGCCACCGUGAACUUUACGGAGGCAAAUUUUUAAACAUCUUUGACUUCGUUGCUUUUAAAGCGGCCGUGCUCGUUGAAGGUUCACUCUUCUCAGUCCGAGGAUAAGGCCGGGAUCGUCCCCUGCCAGGACGUCUGUCAACAGUGUCCAAAGGAGACAGAGUGCUUGUUUUCAAAGCGGGGAUACUCGCACUUCACGUUAAACCCCACUAUCUGCGCUUACAUAGCGUCGAUGUUGAACCAGCAUUGCUGCUGCUAUGUGCUUGAUUGAUGACUUUCAGCCAUAUCCUUUUUGUGCGAUGCAGUGUCUAGAGCUUGCUGUAAAGCAUAUGGUGCAUGCUGCCUUUACAUCAUCACAUUUCUGUUGCUGAUCCUGUUAAUGCAGUCAAUUCUGAUGCAACUGAACAUUGAUACCGAUGAUACCUCCCACACAUUGAAUUUUCAAAAAUCUUAUCUUCUGUAGGAAUGUGGCGCUAGAAUCUAUACAGCCUAUACUCUCUAAACCUGGCCAUUUUUUAAAUAUGUUUGAAGGUUUUCUAGGUAACCAGCACUAUUUAUUUUAAAUAAUCGUAACAAGCCAUGUGUGCUUGGAUGUUUUCGUUUUUUGCCAGUUGUGAAGGUAGGUAGCAUCAAUGUUAGCAAAAUUCACAAAGGCAAAAUAUGCUUUACUUCAUGUGCCAUAUUAUCGUAAGAUACAACAUGAAACUGUGUCUCACUUUCUUAAAUCUUACUCUGACUGAUGUUAAGUCUACGCUUGACAAAUAAUAUCAGACAUCAAAAUACUGUGGCAACUUUCUUUGAUCUGCCGUGUAGCAAUCGAGUGUUCUAGACAGAAGUGUUGACGUCUGUACAAGCAAGGACUUGGUUUUGCUGAUGGCGUGCACCAUGGUGGCUUAGUGGCUAUGAUGUGAGAAUAGGAUCAUGGGUUCGAUUCUCGACUACAUUGGCUAAUGGGGGUGGAAUGCAAAAAUUCUUGUGUUUCGUGCCUUGGACUCGUGUUAAAAACACCAGGGGAUCUGAACAAGUCAGGGGUCACCUACUACAGCAUGUCUGAUAGCUGUAUUCAGACUUUGGGAUGUAAAAUGUUCUAAUUCAAUGAUUUAACUGUGGCUGCAUAAGUGUGCUUGCUGUUAGAAAAAUUGCCGCAAUACAUGGCCAACAUUCCGUAGUAUGGUUGCUGAACAAAAUUUGUCACUAGAACACUGCAUGUGCUGUUUUGUGCUGUAAAAUUGCAAGGCUGUGUAUUUGCUUAGAAAUCCUGCUUGUGUGCUUGCACAUUGGCAGCCACUACCAAUGUCGCUGCCACCAAGAGAUGUUUGCGCAGAAGGAUACCCAAAAUUGAAAUGUUUUCAGAACUCUGUGACUACAAGGCGUUAGUACAAAAUUAGUACAGAAGCUGUAAGAAAAUGUGAGUUGAAGGGAGCAGAAGAAACUUCUAACAUCGAAGGAGUGUGUAUGUGGGCAAACGAAUGCCAAUCUAAAGCUUUGACUUAUUGCUUGGCUUGUUCAUACAACAUUUGGCUAAUGCUGAGCUUAGCACUGGGAUAACAGGAAAAAGCAGAGAAGUUGGGAGGAAAGAUAUUCCCUUUUGAAUCAAUGCCAUGCAUGUUAAUAUUCAAAAUGGCUGGAAUUCUUCAAUAAAUGUGAGCUGCAAAUGAGAAUUUUUCCUGUCGAUUUCUCUGCUUUUUUGUAAAAUCCCAGCACUCACAUUUACCCAAUUUUUGUUCUUCCUGUCUUUGCCAUGGCGGUUGCACAGUCACAGAGUUCUGUGACUUCUGUGAAACAAUGCUAGGCUCCUGUAAGGUAACCCUUAAUGAAACUGUUAAAAGACAGUGCUUCACAGGAAGAUGGAAGUGUGAAAUGGACAACAGUGGAUGAACAAAAGACGGUUGAUCAUUUAUGCAACCGUGCUUCAUCAUGUUUUUUUUUUUUUUCCAUUGGUCUUGCCAGUCACUGUGCACCAAAGUGAUAUUGCAGAAACUCGUCAAUUAAGAUUUUAUCCUGACUGCCAUUAUUUUUUUUCUUGGCAGGUUUGAUGAUAUGUUUGAAGCAUCUCAUGUCGACACACAGCCUUCAUUGUCACGUUUAUUGUUUCCAUACAUGUUGUAUAUAUUUUGUUCAAGAGGGAUAGGGUCAGAGGUGGCAUGUAGCAUUGAUGUCGUGCCAUCAUCUGCGGCCUACUCUUGGAUGUGUGUCCUUUGCAAUGGCAUCUUUAUUCAAGCAAGCAGAUUGGUGGCCACUGUCAGCAUUCGUGCAUAAUGUCCAGUGUAAUCUUUAUUCACAAUAGUGUGCGAUGUGAAUAAGCAAGUUAGACUACUGCAAGGAAAUGUCAUCAUCAGAUAUUGUUUAUCAAUUUCAGUUUACUCUGGUUGCCUUUCCUUUAAGGCACUGGGCCAUAUUGUCAAAAUUUAUCUUCAGUAAAAGUGCUGGUUAUUGGCUGGCCUUUGUGUUCCUGCCACUCAAGAUAGGGAUUGGCACAUUGAAAAGAAUAUUAUUACAGCAGUGACAGCCAGUCACAUCCAGCUCUUGUGUAAGAUAACUCUUGUGCAUACAAAAAGUUGUUUUAUUGUUUGAGACUGCCAACAAAGAUGUCAUUUUUCUUGUGUGGAUGAGUGUAGCAUUGCAUUAUGUUUAAUAAAGCUUUUAUGACAUGAGGAGAAGGCUGUAGGUGUGUUUAAAGGGACCAGAAACUAAAAAAAGAAACUUCUAGGGAAGAGAGAAGUUGAUUGCCAAAUCUAUCCAACCUUUUUGUAACACUGCGAAAGAUGCCAUGAAAAACAUUAAUUCUUAAAAUCAUGAAGUCCCUUCUGUAGUACAGUCAGAUACUCAAGAAAGAGCGAUAGCUGUCAUGCGCUGCAAAUUGGACAGACAUUUACUCCAAAUGUUUUUUGCUUGCAAAUGCAUGCAACACUCGUAAUGCCCAAUAACACCAAUAUUGAAAGCCACAGAUUCACUUGAGGCACCUUCUGCCACAAUAAACAUUUCUUUUGCUGAAAGAAAAUGUAAUAUGUUUGGCUAAAAUAUGUCUGCAGUGGUUCACAGUUGCAUGGUAUUUAUUUAUACAUGUGUUUCUACCAAAGCGAUGAACAGUGGCCAAAAAGAGAAUCCUCAGCCUGGACUGAAUGUUUUGACUAGGGGACUUGUACGAGAUUUUUUUGAAUUUCUACCAUGAUCUUAUCUAGUGUCAUAAUCAGUUGUUGGUCUCUUUAGUAUCUUUAUAACUGAAUUCGUUUAUUGAUUUCGUCUCGAUACAUUUCAAGGAAAGUACAGGAGCUAAGGUGCACAGCCCCUUAGAGGUGCUAUUGUACCUACAGUAUAAGUAUUACUUAGCACCAACACAGUUUUCAUAAAUAAAACUCACAGCACAGUACAUUGGCUGCACCACCUUUUAGGUACAUUUCUUUGCAUAAAAUGUUGAAAAAGGCUUGCCUCAGAAAAUUUCACUUUUUCUUGACAUUGAAGCAGUAAAACUUGCACAAUGCAAGAACAUUUACAUGUGUCAUCAUUGCCAAGGUAUUAAGUAGGGGUAACUCACAUUUGUGGUAAAAGCUUCUUUAAGAAAAGGGGAAGUCAUGCGCUUCAUGUUUGCAUGCAAAAUCCUAUAUUGCCACUGACUGCUUGUUCAGCAAGCUUGAAAAUGUUCGUACUACAAUCUUGGAGGCCAUGGCUUUCACAUCGUGUGAUUAUCAUUGCAUAGUUGUCUGAUGGAAAGCAGAAUGUGCUGCGUACAAGCCAGCAUGCACUGCAAAUGCAUAAUUUAUUUUGCUGCAAUAACUUUUCACUAUCACAGUCCUGGCUGGGGCUCUGAGUAAGCACCUGAUGGUAUCAGCUUAUCAGCUCGACAGUUGUGAUCCAUGAGUGCUGGAAAUGAUCAUGUGCCAUCUAUUACACUGCCUAUACUAUAAUCACAUGCAACUGAGCUUAUUGGAAGUAGUUCAUUGCUGAAGGCAACCAGAACUAAAACAAGAGCUGCUGAUUUGGGAAAACUUCGGGACAUGUAUGCUGAGGAGGGCCAAACACAGUCGAACCCCCAUGCAACGAACAUGUAUGUAAUGAAUUAUUGGAUACAACAAAGUAAAUCUAAAAUCUUUAUUUUGAUACCAACAUGUGGCAAAUAUAUGCUUAUGACGAAGGUAUUUUUAGGUCAUAUGUGAUUUCUUUAAAGACGGUUCAACCAUACCUUGAUGAACAUUAUGAGACUGGAGCGACCACUAGCAAACCAAUUGGUGCUACCUAGGUUCCUGUGUUGCAGGUAUCUGACUUGCACUUCACAUUUGUCAUGGAUCAUUUGUAUGUACAUAUUGUUCUUGCCCUGUUAUUUUCGCUGCACUCUUGUGUCAGACAUCUCUGCCAUGUUGAAACUGAUUGCUGUAGUUGAACAUGUGUGCCAUAUUAAUAGCAAUCAUGUCAUCUCUUGUGUCAUGGGUAUAUAUUUAUAACAUCUAUACUUUUUUUUAAUUUUUAAUUUCAUAACUUAAACAAGAAUUAAGUUUUUAAUCUUGUAGUACAUCAUGGUAAUGAAAUUAUGUAAAUUUUGUGACGGAAACAGUGGCAACAAAUACAGGAGAUUGAGGAGUAAGCAUAUGAGCCACCUAGGCUAUUCCAGCUAACAUACCUUGUCAUGCAUAAUCUGUGCCAUAAGUGUUUUUGCAACACCCUAAUGAAGACCUCUAACUGCUGUUGAUGACAUUCAUUGCAGUGGAUGUUGCGUAGCAGUGUAAUUGGCCCGAUUAUUUACAAGCAUUGUUUCUUAUCUGAGUUAUCACUCAACCCCCCGUUCCAUUACCUCUGUUAGACAAUGAAUUUCGCCCAUGAUAAGAUAAGUGUGACAGCGGCAUGCUCUCUUUUACAAGAGGUGCAUUGAAGCUGCCUAGCUUCAACGAUGAAACUCCUCGCAUUAGCCGUCGCAGUUCUGUGUUCUGGUAGGUGGUAUUUGGAUUCUUCCUUCAAUGGACAAUUAUUAACAAUGAUGCAGGAAUGAAGGCUGUUAUGUGCAAAGAGACUAGUGCGCAAUGUGAAAAGAGAUUGCAAGAGUCGCUUGCAUCAUGAUUGUGUUGAUGAUGUACAUUGUCAUGUUGCAUGGAAGUAGUUGUUUCAGCUAUGAUUUGUUUGGACAUGUUUGCAUAUUUCAAGCAUGAUCUCGUGCUCCAAUGUACAUUCAAUGUGUUGGGCUUGUAAAA